AUGUCGGGGGACGACUUGUCUUCCUACACACCCAAGUCUCCAGACUUAUCAUCCUUCUUCCCAUCCGGCCCCACACCGCAGCAGCAGCAGCAGCAGCCACUGCCGCAACCCGUGGACCAGCCGCCGUACUCUUACUACAGCAGCCCACCAAGAGCUGCCGUCCACCACCAAGACCGACAACAGCUCCUUCCGCAUCAGCCAUAUCAACCACCGCCUCAGGCCUCCCCGCCACGGGCCAACAGCAUCCACCACCCCUGCGACCCCUACUCACAGCAUCCACCACUCUACCAGGCACACCCCGUCGCAUACUCUCCACCGCCUGGGCAGGAGAUCAAAUCCGAAUACCCCUCAUACGCCCCUCCUCCGCCGCAUCACCAGCUGUACCCUCCGCACACCGGCAGCUAUCAGCAGCAGCCUCUGCUUCAUCAGCAGCACCACCUACCGCCGUACGGCGCGCCCUCCUACCUGGCCGAUCCCUACGGCCAGCAUCAGCCAUACGCAGCACCCGUGGGAGCCUUCCCAGCCCCCCCCGCAGCAUACUCACCGCCGCCACCCGGUCCUCGCUACACCGACAUGCCUCCGCGGAGAGCUGCCGCGGCUGCCGCGGCCGCUGCCGUCGCCGCCGACGCUGCAGCGGUGGACCCCCCAAUGGAGGAGCAGCAGCCGUCGUCGCCCUCCCCCCUCAUGGACUCGUCGUCGGCCGUCGGCGCCGGCGGUUCCGAUGCCGUCGAGCCUCCCGACACCGGUGCCAUCGAGCCCUCGCCCGUCAGGACCAGGUUCCCCACGGCCCGCAUCAAGCGCAUCAUGCAGGCGGACGAGGAGGUGGGCAAGGUCGCACAGCAGACGCCCAUUGCGGUGGGAAAGGCCCUCGAAAUGUUCAUGGUGCAGCUCGUGACGAAGAGUGCCGAGGUGGCCAGGACUAAGGGUUCCAAGCGGGUCACCGCCCCGAUGCUCAAGCAGGUCGUCGAGGCCGACGACCAGUGGGAUUUUCUGAGGGACAUCGUCGGCAAGGUCGAGCAGGAGAAGGAGGGGAGUCGGGCCAAGGCCAAGGCCGAGAGCGAUAGCGACGACGACUCGGAACCGAAGAAGAAGGGCAGAGGAGGGAGGAAGAAGAAGGCAGUAUGA